AUGAACACAGACGACCUAUUCCUCAACGUCCAAUAUGGCACACUUACUGCUGAAAUCGAUGUGACUGGAAUCAGUAGACUUGGUAAAUUAAAGAGUGCUAUCAAGUCUGAGUUCUACAGCACUCUUUCUCAAGUUGAUGCUCCCCAACUGCAACUAUACACUGACAGUAACAAGAGCCAACUAAUCAACACCUGGGCUUUAUUCAGCUCUCUUCCUCAAGAAUACUUUACUCAAGAUGGUUCUUGCAUUGUUAUUGGUGUUUCCCCUCCACCUCCAAGACAACCUACUCAAACUGACCUAGAUUCAGCAUCUGCUACAGCCUCGACCUCUCACUUACCAGCAGAGGAAGGCUCCUCUCGCAAACGACAACGUACCGAGCCUGAGCCUGAAAUCGAUGAUUUGACAGCCCAGUUCAAGUUGUUUGCAAACAGUCGGUUGGUCGAUGAAUGUAUUCAGUCUCAAGACCAAAAACUGCUCCCAUAUCCUCAAAACAAGAUCAACAAACUCUACGUCAGAAAGUGCUAUAAAGAUGUCUUUGAAUUGCUUCUGGCUCAAAUUGGUGAUAAGAAGGAAUCAUUUGCAAUAUCUGGGACGCCGGGCAUUGGAAAGUCGCUAUUCUUUGUCUACAUUUUGUACCGCCUGAUCAAGGGCUCUCGUAAGAAAACUCUGUCUCUAAAGCCAAACCGAAUUGUUUAUCAAGUGGGAUCUACGUACGAAUGCUUUGACUUGCAACAACAAUUCGUCGCCAGGACCACGAGGUUUGAUGCGGAGGAAUUGGUUAGGAAACAAGAUACAUUCUACGUUAUUGAUGGACGAACGUCUGAACCGCUUGUUUCGUCUUGUAUUGUCUUGUUCAUUUCAUCCCCCCGUUCGGAAUGGUACAAGGAAUUUGUGAAGCAGAAGAUGGCCAAGGAAUGGUAUUUUCCUGUUUGGACUUUGGACGAGUUACAGGCUUGUUGGCUCCACUGCUAUCCGGGUUUAAAAAUCGAAACUUUCAAUGAGAGAUAUCGCAUUUAUGGUGGUGUAGCUCGUUCUGUCUUUGAUACUUCAUCAGAUCCAAUCAAGAAAGCUUUGGCCGACGUUAAUGCAGUCAAAGGGACACAAAGCAUUGGAGAACUGACCAAAGCAUUUACGACAUCUCACACUUUGCUUCAUGUUAUUGUGUCAGACGACGGGAAGUACGAACUCUUGCAUCUUGAUAUCGCUUCAAAAUAUGUUGGAGAAAAACUCUGGCAACGUCAUUCUUCUCAAAUGAUUACCAAUAUACAGGUAAUGCUUGGUGCUCCAGACGAGAUUUCAAGAUAUUUUUUCGAGAUAUACGGACACAGGGUUUUUUGUACUGGUGGACAAACUCUCAAAUGCAGAUGCCUGGAAGAUGGUACAAUGACAGAUAUUACUUUGGAUACUCUCAAUGGCCAACGAACUACAUUUGGAAGAGAUACUAUCCCUACUGCUGCAGCACUUGAUGGCAACUAUUACGAACCGACAGAUGACGAUAAUUUUCCAGCAAUUGAUUCACUCAGUCAACAGGGAAUGUUUCAAUUUACAGUUGCUGCUGAACAUCCUAUUCGCGGAGUUGAUAUUCUUACAAAACUGUGCAAUUUGUAUGAUGAACCCAAACUCUACUUUGUGGUUCCUCCUCGCCGAUUUGAAGGGUUCGGGGAGCAGAGUUUUAAAGCAAAGAAAGGCACAGAGCAGGAUAUCACACCUGACAACUUUGAAUCGAAUUUAGCAGUGAUUAUAGGUGAAAACACCAAUCUAGCACAACAACAAUUUCAGACAAUUCCAGACAAUCCGAUUCUGAUUAGUUCUAAAACCAGAACUCACAUUGCAACCACAAACCAAAUGCGUUCAAUAUCAAUCACAAUCAUCAUGGACGAAUGUAUCAAAGUAUGUCGUCAACUUUUGAAUAUUUUAGCAGUCUUGCUUAAAACAAGUGGUAUCAUCCAGUGCACUACAUAUACUACUCAUGAAACACACAAACUUCAAAUAACUGCGCAACUAUUUGUUCAAACUCUGCUCCAAAUAUAUGUUGUUGUAUACAGCAAACCUGAUUUGAUAAAAGUGUUGCAAUUGACAUUUAUGUUUGUGGAUAACAAUAUUUUGGAAUCAACUCGUUCAAUUUGGAAAUCAAUUGGAUUUCUUGCAGAUAUCAAUAUCAAUGUCAGUUCAACUCAGUUGAUUGGAGUAGCACUCGAGUGCUUGCAGUAUUGA